UUGUUCAGCACCCAAAGUCGAAGGAUAGCUCUGGCCUUUCAAUUGAAGAAAGUGCUAGAUUUGUCAGUGUUGUAUAAUAUAACUAAUUCUCAGUGUCCAUAUUUGUUUUGGAACGAUCGGAAUAGUCUUCAUUUUAUGUGAGAGACAGAACUGGCGUCAAACAUGCGUAAAAAUCAACGCUGUCCAAGCAGGGAACCACCGAGAAAGGAAUUAUCGCCGCUCAUCUGAGGCCAAUCUCGAUUAUUUUUGUCAAAUAAGGAAACAUAACAUAGCUAGCUAGCUAACGUUAGCUCCGUAGAUAGCUAGGUUACCGACAUAUCUUCACACAAGAGCAGAAUCCAGCAGAUAAUCAAGAUUGGAUCUACAUUCGCAACAGCAGGAAAACCUAUAGGCAGCAAUGGGUGCAUUCCUGGACAAGCCGAAGACGGAGAAGCAUAGUGCCCACGGUGAGGGCAAUGGGCUGCGCUAUGGCCUGAGCUCCAUGCAGGGCUGGCGGGUGGAGAUGGAGGACGCCCACACAGCUGUGGUGGGCCUCCCCCAUGGACUCACCGACUGGUCCUUCUUUGCUGUCUAUGAUGGUCACGCAGGCUCCCGGGUGGCCAACUACUGCUCCGGCCACUUGCUGGAACACAUCUUGUCAGGAGGGGCCGACUUCAGUUCUGGAUCUGGCUCCGUGGAGGGCGUGAAGGACGGCAUCCGCUCGGGCUUCCUGAACAUUGACGAGUACAUGCGUAGCUUCUCUGACCUGCGGCAGGGCCUGGACCGCAGUGGAUCAACAGCAGUGUGCGUGUUGGUCAGCCCGACCCACCUCUACUUCAUUAACUGCGGCGACUCGCGCGCCGUGCUGAGUCGAGACACCAAGGUGGGCUUCUCCACCCAGGACCACAAGCCCUGCAACCCCCGCGAAAAGGAGCGCAUCCAGAACGCUGGCGGCUCAGUCAUGAUCCAGAGGGUAAACGGCUCCCUGGCUGUGUCCCGGGCCCUGGGGGACUACGACUAUAAAUGUGUGGAUGGUAAGGGCCCCACGGAGCAGCUGGUGAGUCCUGAGCCUGAGGUGUGUGUGUUGGAGCGGGCGGCCGAAGGAGACGAGUUUGUGGUGCUGGCAUGUGAUGGAAUCUGGGAUGUCAUGUCCAACGAGGAGCUGUGUGAGUUUGUCCGCUCACGACUCCUGGUGUGUGAUGACCUGGAGAAGGUCUGUAACUCAGUGGUGGACACCUGUCUGCAUAAGGGGAGCAGGGACAAUAUGAGUGUGGUGCUGGUGUGUUUACCCGGAGCUCCCAAGAUCUCAGAGGAGGCUGUGAAGAAAGAAGAGGAAUUGGAUAAGUACCUGGAGACCCGUGUUGAGGAGUUACUGGGGAACUGCGGGGAGGGGGGAGUCCCUGACCUGGUGUCGGUCCUGAGGAGCAUUGCCACAGAGAACAUCCCCAACCUUCCACCUGGCGGAGGCCUGGCCAGCAAACGGAGUGUGAUCGAGGCGGUGUACAACAAGCUGAACCCUCACAGAGAAGAGGAAGGGGCCUGUGCGGGGGGAGAGGAGGAGAGUGAGGAGGGAGGUGGCAGCACGGCGGCUCAUCUGCUGGAGGCACUGCGGCAGUUCCGCCUGCACCACCGGGGGCAGUACCGCACGGUGCUGGAGGAGUCCCUGGCCGCCUACCACCUGCGGGGGGAGAGCGCUGCGGAGGGAGCAGGGGAGGGCAGGAGGACCUCCGACGACGACGACGAUGACGGCCAGCAGCAGACUGCCUCCCCUCCCACUCCCCCCUCGCCCCCGCCCUCACCUGCCACUGCAGAGCUGGAGGCCAGCCCAGAUGUGCCCGUCCCUGAUCCCUACUCUGACUGAGCACCCGCCCGCAUACCAACCCACCCGCCCACCCAACCGACCCCAGAGCUCUAGUCAGACGUGCUAUGACCUCUCCUCCUCUUUCCUUCAUCACAGAACUUGAAUGGACACACCGGCCACUUCCUGCUUCAUCACAGUCUGCAGCUACAGCCACUGUUGCCAUUCAUGAAUAUUUUAAUAAUGCAAUGGAAAUAAAAACGGCCCCUCUGUCUAUUCAAGUUCUGUCUCCGAGCCACAUAUAUACCUUCCUCCUAAUGAGGACCCUUCCUUUUGUUUCCCCUGUCCUCUGACCACCUCCGCUUGGAUUCCUAAACUUGCCAGCCACUUUUACAACCUGACCACACAGACUGAUGUUUACAAUAGAAGAGAAUCAGUAACAAAUCAUUAUUACAUGCAAAAGUGGCUGGCGAGGCAAAAAUGAACGUUGCUCUUCAUGGCCUACAUUUACCAGUAUUGGCUUCUGGCUGAUUUCCCACUUGACCCCCCCUACCCCCCCUUCCCUUUCAGCCUCAACCCCCUCCCACACACACCUGCUUACAGUGGACGAACUGACAGAGAAAAGGAGCGGAGACCCUCUGAGCUGCAGCUGUGUUCAACACACUGCACUGUCUGCAGGCCUGCCCCAUCUACAGACUCAGAACACACUCUUUUGCGUAUAUGUAUGUAUGCGUGUUUGUAUGUCUGCAUGAGUUUGAGUGAUGGAGAAAGAGGCCAAUCAUCACUACUGAAAUGUUUUCUGGUAGCGGGUGGUACUUGAUUGUUAGCCCACUUAUCGGCAAGUUUAGCAGUCUGGGUACUGAAAAACUGGGCAGUCUAACUCCACAGCGACUCUUUCAUAGGUGGGUGUACACUUGUAGUUUGAGUGGCAUUUCAUUUAAAUCAUACCGUCACCACAUAUCCCAAAUUCCAUAUCACUGCAUUUUAAUACACUGCCUCACAGUCACCCACAAAGAGGUUAAAAUGUGUUUCAGGUUGUUGUUAUUCAGGUGAAUUUAUAUGUCAGUAACACUCAACUAUACUAGUUCGAGGUGACUAAAGGGGCCAUAAAAGUAACGUUUGUUUAAAUUAAAACAAGUCUGUAGCCACUCUAGCAACCGUGUAAGGCUGUAAAGUUCAUAACUAAAUUAUUGCAGAGAAAUCAGACCAGUGCUAGACGAAAUGUCGUUUUGUUUGCUGUUUGUACAGUGUGUCAUUUUUUCUUAGACAUACAGCAUCUUGUUCAAAUUGUGUGACGUGGUUCGGCUUGUCAGGGUUAGCUGCAAACUGCUGUGAGCGAAUCAUAGCUAAUAGUUCCAUAGAGAUCGCUCCAUAGAACAGCUCAGGGAAGAAGCUGCGGUCUCCUCAUUAAUGCUGGUUUGGGAGGUCAGACUGAUUUAUAAUUGCCAAAACAACCAAUAAGUCUUCAUUCAUAAACUCUUUUCUCUUGUUAAACUGAAAAAAAGAGGUUGAAGACAUUUCAGAUGCAGCAUGAAUCUCACUCGUUUGUCGCGUUUGUUGAAAUUUAUUUUCAAGUGUAGCGUGGGCUCAUUGUUGCCUGGGCAAUCAGCGCAAAUGUGAGACUUACGCUUUAUCAGUAGUCAAACUGUGUUUUUCGCUUCUACAAAAUAAAAGACUCAAAAGGGUGAAGACUAAAUGGUUGAAUGCCUUUGUGCAGGUUAACAACUUUUGGAUUUUAAAUGCGAUCGAAGACGUGUUAGCAUUAUAGCGCUAGCUGUUUUUAGCUGAAUACUAAUGGCAUCACUAGUAACAUGCUAUUGUUAGCAUUCGUCUCUGAGCACAGCUGCACUUAAAGGGAUAGUUUGGAUUUUUUAGAUUUAUAAGGUACUUAUCCAUAGUCAUUGUAUUGCAUACAGUAGAUGUCUGUCGGCAUGCCUCCAGUUUGGAGAAGCAGAUGGGAGUACUGCCACAGAAGCGAAACAGUGUACUGCUGUAGAUGGGGACGUUAGCAAAACCCACCUAAGCCACCUAAAAAAAUCAAAAUCAAUUUAGGUGUGCGAUAUAUUAAGAAUAUUUUUGAACACUUUACCCUGCUGUCAGGGGGUGCUGAAGCCGUUGUGUCCAUUCAUGUUCUCUUUAAAGCCAAAGAGCUGCUGGUCUACCACUGCCUCAGUCGGUUAGUUUAUGCGUCAUUGUGUGACUUUUGUGAAUGUGAACUUAUAAAACAUUAAUGUCACACAAUAAGACAGACAUGCUGUCCGUUCAAGGCAGCGUUAGACCAGCAACUCGCCUGUCCUGUGAGGUAAAACUACUGUUGUUGUUAAUGCAGUCUGGCCUUGAAGAGAGCCAUAUAACGGCUUCAGUUCCCCCGUCGGAAAUUGCUGUCUGACCGCAAAGUGAAGCUGUGAAAAUAAUUUCAACGUUGCAACACUUGAACUGAUAUUGACUUUUUUAGGUGGCUAAAUUGCGUUUUUCUGCUGCCUGCAUUCACAGCAGUAUUGCUUUACUUAAGUGUCGGUACUCCUGCCUGCUUCUCCAAACUGGAGGCGACAUGGACUGCCAUGGAUCAGUAUCUUGUACAACCUCACGUCAAAACACCUAAACUAUCCCUUCAAGUGAAGCUGUUCUGACAAAGUAAAUCUUAGACAGAUUAGAGUUGAACAGAGUCUAACUGUAGAGCUGAAUCCGAGAAAUUUAAGAUGGGGAAAAUGAAGUCAGUAGACGCGACGAACUGUCCAGCUUUAGGUAACAAUGUGGCCUUUCUUUCGGCGACACCCUCAGGCUAACAGAUUCAAUGUGCGGCUUACAUUACAUCCCUACUGUCAUACUGCUAGCGCGGCUGAAAAUGUCCACUGUAGUCAUUCUCACGUUUAGCACCUGUGCCAUCGAUUACACCUGGAAUCAGUGUCUUUUAUACGAGAUGACUGUGUGAGCAUCAGAGUAAAGCAGAUCUCCAGUGCUCUUGCUGACAGCCGCUGGUAGUGACUGCGGCAGGAUGUGUUUCAGCUUGAUAAAAUCCCACACGCAGUAUAUUUAAUUCCUCACAGGUUAUGACAUCGUCUGUUCCGAACACAAUCUGGAACUCUCGCCUCAUUGUCAAAGUUUGAUUCGAACAGACUGAACCUACAGCGUUCAUUCUUCUUUGAAAGCAGGUAGAGGGUUAUUGUAAGUCUAUAUAAAGCCCAGUACCCAGUGACCCUGGUAAUGCAUGCACUGCACUUAUCUUUUCAAUAUCUAAGGCACUUAACUAUCGGAGGGGAGGUUAUGCUAAACACUCCGCGUAUGUAUGUCUGUAUGUGUGUUUGUGUAUGUAUGAGUUGCAUUUGUAUGCGGUUACGUGGGCCAAAUCAGUCCCACCCACACAGUUAAAAUGACAAAUGAACAAAUAAAAAUGAUUUGAGGUAUAAUGCCAUGAUUUGUGUCAAGUUUGUGAGUAUUUCUGGAUGUAAUCUGACUGUACAGAUGUGUUUCUUGUCUUCUGGUCCUGUCAAAUGUGUCAUACCUUGCAAAUGUGUAGGUUAGGGGAACAAAAAAAGCAGGAAAAGUCAUAUUUUCCCUUUUUAAAUUGGCUUGCAUGUCACCAAAAAUCAUGAGAAUCGCUGUCACAGCCUGAGGUAAAGUGGUAGCAUUUGACACAGGACCAUUCCCUGAAACUUGUAGUGGAAUUUUUCAGUGUUUCUACCAUAUUUAAUGUGUUGUAUAUGUUUCUGUGUAGGCUGUGAAGUUUCCAGCUCGAGCAGAAAAUAUACCCUCACCUUCCUUGCCCUCCCCUGUCAGCUUUUAGCUCCAGCCUCGACUCGUAAUUUCAUCUCAGCAGCUCAAAGACGUUUUAAUCUGUCGUCUCCUUUAAAACAAUAGCAGCAAAACUAAACGCCUGCCGCUGCGUUGCAUGAGCUGGCGGCGACGAGCGGAGGGGGAGCUGCGUAGACUAUAGGGACUCCAUUCUCUCCAUUUCUCCCCUGUUUUUCAGUCUGACAGUUGGCCUCGUGAUUCUCCGCAAGGUGAGUCAUCAGAGGUCUGGGUUCUGGUUGUGUUAACAUACAGGCUGGGCAGGGGAAUAAUGUCACUGUCUUUCACCAUUAUCCAUCAGUCUGAGUAGAUAAACGAGGGCAGUGAGGUUCAACAUUAUUUAAGGCAUCAGGAGCUGUAUCUUAAAACUGUGUGCUCCAGAAGACGCAGAAAAAAAAACCCUAACACACCUCUCUCCAUCUCUUUCUCCUUUUUACUC